AUGGCGGAAGUCGGUGGUAUGCUCGCCUCUGCCGUCAUCAAGGUGGUGAUUAAACAGAUCGGUUCCGCCGUCGGAGGCGAGCUCAAGCUGCACUGGAACAUGAAGAAGGAUCUCGAGAAUAUGAAGAUGACGCUGGAGUCGGUGGAGGCCGUGCUCAGCGACGCCGAGACGCGGUCUGUCACGGAUAACUCGGCGCUUCUGUGGCUGAAGCGGCUCAAGGACGCCAUGUACGACAUCUCCGACAUGCUUGCUGACUUCGAAGCUGACACUGACCUGGUAACUGAAGCGGGAGUUGUGGUCCUUCGCAACAAGGAUAAAGCUCUUUUGAGAUGA